AAUCUAGUCCGUAACAGGCCCAUAGUUCCGUUUAGACCAUUUCAGGCUUGCAACUUGCAAAUCACGUGAUUUGUGUUUCUCGUUCUGCCAUUUAAUUUUAAAAUAAUUAUAUCCAUUUCUCUCCUCUUUUUUCGGCCAAGAAGAGAGAGAAAAUUCCCCACCGCCGGCACUCUUCUACUUAUUCGCCGGAUUUAAUUAGGGUUUUAUCCUACUUUCGUCAAUUAUCCAAUUUGUUACCAAUUAAUUUCUAUUUUGGUUUUAUUGGGCUUUGUAUUGGCAAGGGAUGAUUUGGCCUUUAAGGGUUUAAGAUGCAAUUGGUAUCUUUGUCAAAGCUGAAUGCUGCUUGUAGUUCGUCUCUCGGAAGAUUGUUAUCCGGUCGGGUUAAAUCGUGGGAGCAGGGGAAUUUGGUUGCAAGUUUAUGCAUUGAGAGUCAAACUCUGAAUCAGAGUUGUAAUUCUGUGAGGUCUUAUAGUAGUCAUCGGUUAAAUAAGUUUUUGGUAAACACAACUAUCGUGUCUUUGUGCUGCCGUGUUAUAAGGAAUCCAAUGGCUGCUUCGGGAUCCCACGCUGUUUCUGGGGAUGUAUGUGUUGAUACAUUGUUUAAGGGGUAUGGUAAUGUUGUGGACUUUGCGAAGCCAGGUGGUGUUUUCUUUGGUGAUAGAAGUGUUUAUAGUUGUCGAAAAGCUAGUGUUGGUUUAAGAAAUCGAGAUGUUUAUUUUGUUAGUCUAGCUAUCCCUGGUUUAUCUUACAAGAGUUGGGACUCUAGGCAGUUUCUUGGACAAUGCUUGAGGAGUUACCGUACAUCACCUUCUGCGAGUUAUUCUGAUGGAGCUGCUGCUGAUGUCCCAUUCGACAUUUCUGCUAGGGAUGUGCCGCUUGAUAAUCCUACAGAUACCUCUUCCUGUAAAAACGUAAGUCAUAGAUCCUUGAAGCUUCGUUCAGGAUCAUGUUACCUGCCACACCCUGACAAGGUUAAAACUGGAGGAGAAGAUGCUCACUUCAUUUGUGAAGAAAAACGAGUGAUUGGAGUUGCAGAUGGAGUUGGUGGAUGGGCAGAUGUUGGUGUUGAUGCUGGAAUUUAUGCUCGACUACUUAUGUCUAAUUCUAUGACAGCAAUAAAAGAAAUUUCCAAGGAUGGGGUAGACCCAGCUAGAAUAUUGGAGAAAGCUCAUGCUGAUACUAACGUCAUAGGCUCCUCAACAGCUUGUAUAAUUGCUCUCACUGACCAGGGGAUCCAUGCCAUUAAUCUUGGAGACAGUGGAUUCAUAGUAAUUAGGGAUGGAAGCACAGUAUUUCGGUCCCCUGUGCAGCAGUAUGGUUUCAAUUUUCCGUAUCAGUUGGCAAGUACUUCAGCUGGAGGUGAUUUACCCAGUUCUGGCCAGGUCUUCACAUUUCCUGUUGCCUCAGGAGAUGUUAUAGUUGCUGGUACAGAUGGAUUAUUUGACAACUUAUAUGACAACGAGAUUACUGCUUUGGUUGUCCAAGCUAAGAGAUCAGGUCUCGAUCCCCAGGCAACAGCACAAAACAUAGCUACUCUAGCGCAACAAAGAGCUAUGGAUAAACAUCGAAAGACACCAUUUGCUGCAGCUGCACAUGAUGCUGGGUUUCGUUAUGUUGGAGGAAAGCUGGAUGACAUCACUGUUGUUGUAUCUUAUAUCAUUGGCGAGGAUAAUCAGUGAGUUGUGCCACUUGUUAGUUUCUUUUUGUGUUCCUUUCAGUUUCCUGGUCACUAGAAAUCCGAUGAAUAGAAUGGUGAAACUAACAUCGAUGCAGCAAAUGUUCAAUAUUUAUUUUCUUUCUUUGUUUUGGUUCAUUCCUUCUCUCCUCUUGUUUUGUCUCACCAAAGUAGAGAAUCUAGGGUGCAUGCACUGUACUUUGAUGAUAAUUGGAGGGAAGGCUAGGAAAAGUGGAAGGAUUAGAAAAUGUCUUCUUUUACUUGAAUCUUGUUUUAAUGUGAAAUUUUUCUA